UUUAAUACAUGUAAUUGCAUCGAUAUAUUAUAUGGAUAUUUGAAUGAAGAAACUGAAAGGUAGAAUAAAAAAAUAAGAAAUAAAGUUGGGUAGUUAGAUAACCAAAACAUCAUUGAGCCAUGUGCAUCAUUGCUUGGUGGGUAAUAUGCUAUGGCCCUCGAUGUGCAAACCAGCGCACUGCAACUCACUCUCAAUUUCAACUCCCACAAUUGUAUCUGCCUUCAUCAAUCCAGCCAAGAUAAUUCAAUUCCCAGCUCAUGGAAUAAAGUUUUAAAAGAUUUAAAUAAUAGUAAUGAUAAUGAUAAUGAUAAUAAUCAGGCUUUUCUCUUGUUUGUCUCUAUAUAGACCCACUUGCUUCUUUCUAUUCUAUUUCUAUUACCCAAAGCUCCCCUCCCUUUCUUUGCAGUCAGAGCCCAAAAUCUGAGAUGGGUUUUCGAUUCAGAGCUCUGUCUCUCCUGCUUUUACAACUUCUGUUUCUCUUUUUGCUUGGAGCUGCUAAAGCUGAGGAUUUCUAUAACAUAAGCAAUGUGGGAAGUAGCAAGCUAGGGAGGGGGUGCAAUUUGUUCCAAGGCAAAUGGGUUUUUGAUCCUUCUUUGCCUCUUUAUGAAUCUUCAAACUGUCCAUUCAUAGACCCUGAGUUUAACUGCCAAAAGUAUGGCAGACCAGAUCGAUCUUACCUCAAGUACACUUGGAAACCUGACUUCUGUGAUCUUCCAAGGUUUGAUGGGCUGGAGCUUCUGAGUAGGUGGAGAGGGAAGAGGAUAAUGUUUGUAGGCGACUCACUGAGUCUGAACAUGUGGCAAUCCUUGACAUGUAUGAUCCUAGCGUCGGCACCAAAAGCCAAAAUCUCCAUAGUCAGGAGGGAAUCACUCUCUACUGUGAUUUUCGAGGAGUAUGGAGUAAGCUUGCUUCUUCACAGAACGCCCUACCUUGUGGACGUAGUGAGAGAGAAGGUUGGACGAGUACUAAAGCUUGAUUCCAUUGAAGGAGGCAAUGUGUGGAAGGGAAUGGACGUGCUCAUAUUCAACUCUUGGCACUGGUGGACCCACACUGGAAGAUCCCAAGCGUGGGAUUAUGUGCAAGUAGGAAAUGCAGUGAAGAAAGAUAUGGAUCGUCUGGAGGCCUUCUAUCAAGGGCUGACCACCUGGGCAAGAUGGGUGGACAUGAAUGUUGAUCCAAGCAAAACCAGAGUCAUUUUCCAGGGAAUCUCCCCCACUCAUUAUGAGGGAAAGGAUUGGAACCAACCAAGGAGGAGUUGCAAUGGAGAAAGCGUACCGCUCUCAGGGUCACUGUAUCCAGCAGGGGCGCCACCAGCGGUGGAAAUUGUGAAGAGAGUGCUGAGUAGAAUAAGGAAGCCCGUUUUCUUGCUGGACAUCACAACGUUGUCGCAACUCCGGAAAGAUGCACAUCCCUCUACUUACAGCGGGGAAGGCGGAGGACCAGAUUGCAGCCACUGGUGCCUUCCCGGCUUGCCCGACACUUGGAACCAGCUUCUCUAUGCAGUUUUUACCAUGUGAAGGCCAAGCCUGAAACACUUGGGGUUCUUUUCGUCUCUGCAAUUCCUCACAGGAAGUGUUAGAAGAAAGAACUUCAUUCAUUUAAUUAACCACCUUAACGGGAAUUGGAAGAAAAAAAAUGUAAUGGCAACAAAGCAAUUGUACAAAGUAAUUGAUGAUUCUAUUUGUUGCAGUUUCAGAAAAUUGUUUCAAAUCGAUAAGGAAAGAAUACAAGUGAGAUGGUAUCAAGAUGGCAUCUUGCUUGGUA